ACGCGCUACCGCUUGCCGGGGCAGGUUAUGCUCUCAUACGGAGGUUCAGACAGUCAUGAGCUAAGCUGGCAACAGUUUUCCCACAUGGUGAUGAACAGGAAUUACGAAGUUGGACCAUCGUUACAGCACAUCAGUGAAACAUGAUGAAAGAGAUUGCAGCAGUGGUGUUUUUCCUGAAAAGACUGAUCAAGAAGGUGGAAAGGUUGGAUACCCAGAAAGUGGACUUGUUUGUGGAGCGGUUGACUGUUGCCCUGCAGGAGAAGUUCAGGGGGCAUUGGUAUCCUGACAACCCCAGCAAAGGACAGGCCUUCAGGUGUAUUCGAGUGAACAGGUUGCAGAGGGAGGAUCCAGAGCUGCUGCGGGCCUGCCAGGAGAGUGGGGUUCAGUACAAGGACCUUGGCCUGCCCAGAGAACUCACCCUGUGGGUGGAUCCAGGGGAGGUGUGCUGCAGAUAUGGAGAGAGAAACCUUGCUUUCACUGUUGCCAGUUUCUCUGGUGACGACAAAGAGGAUGUGACUAAGAAGGUGACCAGCGCUGUCGAGAGGGUGACAUCUGACUACCACUCCUGUUCCUCCUCAGACGAGGAUAGUGGCCUCAGAGAAACCCGUCCUCCCCCUACCUUCCCUCAAAAUCGCCAUAAAUACCAGGUGAUCUACCCAGCUACUCCUUUGUGGCGUCCUCCAGUGCCCAAGCAGAAGAUGUGGCCGGGUAAAGGAUAUAAUGGACGUCCACGUCCUCCUCACUAUGACUUCAGAACCCAAGGUAGACCCACCCAGCCCUUCAGACACAACGACUGGGCCCCACCUGGCCACAGAAGGUGGCACGGAUACUGGGGUGGCACUCCAGGCCUGGCUCACUGUUAGGGACCACUGUAGCAAGUGUUGCUGUUAGUGUUAGCCUGUUCCAGGUUCCCUGAGCUGUGAAAGGGUGACCACUAGAGCAAGCAAUAUAGUUCUUGUUGGAGGAGAAUGAGAGGGCAAACUAAAAUUCACUAACAUGACUGACCACAUUUUAAAAAACUAUUUUAGUAGUUUAAUAGUCACUCUGGAAACUUGAAUUUGUUUAAUUUUUUUUGUUUGAUAAGAACAUUAACUCUUUGCACUUUAGAUCAUUUGUAAUCGUGUGAGUAAAGGAAUCUACAGUUGUAAUGGAGAAGGAAUUUGUAUUUUCAUGUAUUUUAUAGCUAUGAAGAUAUAUGUACUGUAUUUAUAUUUGAUGGAUAAUUGUCUGUUACCUACUGUACUGUCCAUCAGUUAUGUUCUAAUGAGAAUUUUUUAUUUAUACAGUUUACUCAUGAAUUGUGCCAACCUUAAAUUAUGAGACAUUAAACACAUUUUCAAAUCAUA